AUGGUCUCGAAGAACAAGUCCAUCAAUUAUCACAUACUUUCAGAAGAAGAAGAAGACAACUCUCUGAUUUGCUCCGAAUCAAUAGAAUCUACUCCAUCUCCGGAGGCACCUGCAUCAACGGCACCCGGACCAUCCACCACCACCACCACCACCACCACCACCACCACCAAAAACAUACAACAAAAACAAAGUUACCAUUGCAAUAAAAGGGAAAAAGCGUCAGCCCUACCAAACCUACCAACAAAAAACAUAACUAUACAGGUUGAAAACAAAAGAAGUAAUUUUCAUUUUAGGAGAGAACAUGAAUCAGAAUCUGAUGAUUCUGGAAGCGAAAUUCCCUCGGGAAGCAAGAAAAUUAAAUAUUCGCAAAAGUUUAAUAAAACGUGGCUAAAUGAUCCCGAUUUCAAGGCUGGUUAG